AUGCCCAUCCGCGUGUUCCUCAAGGACGCUCCGCAACGCUCGAUCGCCUUGGCCACGGACUCGCAUGUCCUCAUCUUCCGACAUAGUCCGUCAAUCGCCAGCGCCAGACAAGGCUCUUCCACGUCUAUCAGUGAAGGCGAAGUUCCACGAUGCAUUGUCGAAUUCGCUCCGUGGGAGGGCCAGGACAUGACUGGAUACCGCACAUUGACCUCUCUCAACAUCCAAGGAACACUGGGCCUGGUUACCCUGAACGGCGAUGUUUUCCUCUGCGUGGUGAACGGAAGCACGAAAGUCGCUACGGUACGACCAGGAGAGACCGUUCAGCGCAUUUUGUCGGUGGAAUUUCACUGCCUGAGCAGACCGGAUUUUGAUCAUUUACUCCACGACCAGGUCAACCCAUUCCCUACGGACAGCCUCGAUGCUGACGGCUACGAUCAUGGUGGCCAUCGAGAGCCUUUAUUGGAGCAUCCUUGCAUGGCGUUGAAGAAGCUGCUCAGUGGCGGCAGCUUCUAUUACAGUGCGGACUUUGACCUCACCAAACGAGUGCAGGAUCGACCCAUGAGUAGCAGCACAGUCGCCAUCGACAGUCUGGACGGAGGGUUUUUGUGGAACGCUUACAUGAUACAGCCACUGGUGGACUUCCGCUCAAGGCUAUCUGAGAACGAAAAAAGCGCACUGGACAAGUCUGCCAUUUUGACGUCUGCCAUCCGAGGAUUUGCUGGGACUGUCGCAAUCCCGGCUUCCUCCUCUCCCGCGAGGGUGGUCCGCACAGGACUGCCUUCGAGUAUGACUCUGAUCUCGCGUCUGUCUUGUCGAAGAGCGGGGACACGAUUCAAUGCGAGAGGCAUUGACGACGACGGGAAUGUCGCGAACUUUUCCGAGACUGAGACCAUUUUCUCAACCGACAGUCUUUGCUUCUCGUACGUGCAGUGUCGUGGAAGUGUGCCAUUAUUCUGGGAGCAGGCUUCUGGAUUACCUGGCCAGCAAAAGAUUCAAAUCACGAGAUCUGCUGAAGCAACGCAACAUGCUUUUGACAAGCAUUUUCAAGCGCUGUCCGUCAGGUACGGAGAUGUCGUGGUUGUAAACCUUCUCAGUGAUGAAAAACCACAGGAGCAGCAACUCACACGGCAAUAUCUACAACACGUUGAUGCCACAAGCCUCAAUCAUACGUCGCAGGCUGCAGGAGAACCAGAUCACACACAUGUCACAGCUGUAAACUAUGACUUCCACGCCGAGACCAGGGGUCCGAAUGGGUAUGAAGCAGCCAGCGGUAUCCGACGAUGGAUUGAGAAGUCUGCCAUUGCUUUCGAGUAUUUCCUCUCCGAAGACAUCGCAGAGGUCGUUACGAAAGAUGGACGGCAGCACUCCAUACUCGGGCAAAAUGACAGAGUCAAGCAGAAUGGUGUAUUUCGAACGAACUGCCUCGACUGUCUGGACCGAACAAACCUCGUUCAGACCAUCAUCUCGCAGAUUGCAUUUGAGAUAUUUCUCCGACAGAUGCAGGAAAACAGGCCUACAUCUGAUUUCUGGGCUAGACACGGCAUGCUUUGGGCUGACAAUGGCGAUGCCUUGUCGAAGAUCUACGCGGGCACCGGAGCUCUGAAGUCGUCUUUCACCAGGUCUGGGAAGAUGUCUUUUGCGGGCGCAUUAGCAGACUUCCGCAAGUCCGCCCAGCGGUUUUACAUCAAUAACGUCGAAGACAAAGGAAGACAGAACACUAUUGACAUGCUCCUCGGCCGGCUGAUGGGACAAACGCGUGUUCACCUUUACGAUCCGAUCAACGACUUUGUUACCGCAGAGCUCGCCAAAAGAUCUCCCGAAUACACGCGCGCCGAGAAGAUCAGCAUUUGGGUCGGCACCUUCAAUUUGAACGGCAAAACAUCCGGCAUCAACGACGACCUCUCCCCGUGGCUGUGCCCUCGCGUCGAGGAUGAAUUCAGAGUGCCAGAGAUCGUGGCAGUGGCAUUCCAAGAGAUCGUCGACUUGGAUGUUCAACAAAUCAUGUCGACGGAUCCCAAUCGGCGACGUGCUUGGGAAAACUCUGUGCGAAAGUGUCUGAAUGCUCACGCUCAGAAACAUCGUGGUGAAGACUAUGUCAUGCUGAGAGGUGGUCAGCUUGUCGGAGCAUCCUUAUCGGUGUUCGUCAGAGCCAGUGUCCUACCUCUGAUCAAAAACGUCGAAGGUGCGGUCAAGAAGACGGGCUUGAGCGGUAUGGCUGGGAACAAAGGAGCAGUCGCGAUUCGCUUCGAGUACGCGGACACAUCGAUCUGUUUGGUGACUGCUCACAUGGCUGCGGGCUUUCAAAACUACGAUGAGCGUAACCAAGACUAUCGCACCAUCUCGAACGGUCUCCGCUUCCAAAGAAAUCGUUCCAUCGAGGAUCAUGACUCGAUUCUUUGGUUCGGCGACUUCAAUUACCGCAUUGGCAUUGAGAAUGAUCGGGCACGUCAACUCAUCAAGAGGCGCGACCUUGGCGAGUUGUACGAGAAUGAUCAACUCAACAUCCAGAUGGUGCAUGGGAAGUGCUUUCCUCAUUACUCCGAGCAGAUGCCAACAUUUAUACCCACCUACAAGUUCAAUCUUGGUACCGACGACUAUGAUACCUCGGACAAAGCUCGAAUUCCCGCUUGGUGCGAUCGAAUCCUUACACGAGGCGACAACCUUCGACAGCUAUACUACGACUCCGCUCCUUUGAGAUUCUCGGACCAUCGCCCGGUGUGGGGUCUUUUCCAAUGCACCGUGAAUGUUGUCGCCCAAGACAGGAAGGACCAAAUUAGCAAAGAGCUCUACAGAAAACGGCGACCAGACGUUGGCCACCACACAGCCAGUCAUGGGCCACAAGCCGUGGAAAGUGACGACGAGUCGCUGUAUGGGUACGAUAGUAUAGAACCCGGUCUCCCACCUGCCAGCUCUGAUAAGAGAAAAUGGUGGCUAGACAAUGGCAUGCCUGCUCGGUCAACGGUGCAAGCUCCCGAUGCGAAGCAUGCUUUGAAUCCGGCCCGUCCUUCCAACCCGUUCACUCCCACCACGGAGCCAGAUUGGAUCAAAGUCGAAAAGCCCAACGCACCUCCGUCGCGGAAUACCUCGUUAUUACAGAAGAAAGAUCAGCCAUUUGCCCAGCAGCCUGGCACUCUUGCUUCUCCUGUUUCUCUUAGACCGUCCAACAUGGAGUCCGCAGGCCCAGUCCAUCUCAAGCAGACCCUACGCAAACCAGCUCCUCCGAAGCCGAACAAGCCCGUAGUGCUGCGUUCUCCUAGUCCAGCCUCGUCCGUGGCCUCGACCAGAUCUGUCCCUCCAGUCCCGGAGCCAAGACGGUCGACCACAAGCCAAUCUGCGAGGAAUGUCAUUCCGCCGCCGUCAUCAAGAGUCAAUAGUGGUACCUUGAUGGCGGAUCAAAGAAGUGUUCCGAUGCCUCCGCCUCCAAGAAAAUUUGUUCCCAAGGUGGAUGAGCAGGUCCCUGCCCUACCGCCCAGAAGGCCUACAGCGCCGCUGAUGGAUGAGAACAGCGAGGAAGAGAGUUUGAAGGACUGGGUCCCGCUGAAGCCGCAGUAGUAAAGGUAGAUGUAUGAUGAAUGAACACUUUAUC